AUGAAGUCUACCAUCUCCAUCGUUGCCGCUGCUUUCAGCAUUUUUGGCACGACGAUUGCUUCAAUCGGAGAUGGUAGCAACGGAGCUGGCACUGUAGUUGCCUCCUAUCCCCUGGGGAUGAGCAACGACGCCUACGUCUGCAACGACAAUCGCUGGAAGGUCAAGGAGAUCAAGGAGCAAGCCAAGACUGCCAGCAAGUUCCUGCCGAAAGCCGACGGCAAUGCGCCAAGCAACAAGCCGGGCGAGUACCCCAAGGAGCACAACACCACGGAUGAAACUCUCCUGCACGGCUGCACCGGCCUCAUGUACGAGUGGCCGCUCACCAAGCCUACUUUCUCUGCUGGAGGCACUGCCGGUUACGACUUCCUGCUGCUCGAAGCGGACUACACUGGAGACAAGGUCGAGAUCUGCAACGUGGUCACGACUGUCGACGGCGGCCACAACACCUGCGUUCACCACCGCUCUGAGUACUGA